GUAACUCUGCAUGGAUCCGAGACUAGAGGAAGCAGCUUAUGCGGGAUACCUCACUUUGUUGCGGCGUUUGCUACAAGAAGACCGGCUCCUGCUCCACAGGCAAAGCAUCGCCGCGGCUCACCUGUCGGACAGCCCCCUCCACAUCGCUGCAUCGCUCGGCCACUCCGACCUGGUCCGGGAGAUCCUCGCCGUAAACCCGGAGCUCGCGCAUGGCCGCAACCGCGAAGGCCUUUCCGCCUUGCACCUGGCCGCUGCCCAAGGCCACUUAUCCGUGGUGACCGAGCUGCUGCAGUACGCAGCCGCUGCCAAUCUCUGCUUGGCGACCGACAACGAUGGCUUCAUGCCCGCCCACGCUGCAGCCUUACAAGGCAGGCUUGAUGUGUUGACAGUGUUACUGGAUGCGUGCCCGGAGUCCUCGCGAGCUGUGACAUCUCAAGGUGACUCCAUCCUUCAUCUUACUGUGAAAUCAAACAGCUUCGAGACCGUGCAGUUCUUGCUGGACAGAACGGAUGAGAACGAUGAGCUACUCAACUCUGGAGAUGCGAAAGGCAACACCGUCCUGCACCUUGCUGUGGCCAGAAAACAUCUGCAGGCAGGUAUUCCUGAUCCCGAUUAGAGGAAAUAGAUUUAAAUGUCUUCUUCUUCACAAGGUGUUUAUGCAUCUCUGUACCUCCUGAGACGAGAGCUUUCCCACAACAAAAGUUGAAUACUCUUUGCAUUUCAUUCAAAAAAAGCAAAUGGAAAUACCAAGGAACUUCCUGUUCAUAGCUCUGGUAAUACCAUUGAAUGCAGAUCGUGAAGUUGCUUCUGGGACGGCGAGGUAUCGAAGCUAACGCCACCAACAUGAGAGGCGACACCGUCCUUGAUAUGCUACUGGAUUCACCCUGCCAACAUGGAGAUCUAUUGUUGGGAGAACUGAUUCGGGCAGCAGGUGGAAGAACCACCGCAGAAGAAGAGAAGACUCGGCCGAAAUCGUCACCGAGCGACGCCAGAGCCUCUGUCGCCUCACGCGGAAGCCGACCAAAUCGUUGGCACCCCUUCCGACGCCAGGCUCGACCUUCUAAGGAUGACCACAGCGCCCGAAAAGUAUGGCGUGAGCCUGAAGAAAGGUAUAACAACAAACCAGCAGCACUAAUGGUGGUGGCGACGUUGAUCGCCACCAUCACAUUCGAAGCUGGGUUGAACCCCCCAGAUGAGUUGAAGGACCCCUUCACUUCUAGUCUCAAGUUAUUCCUACUGUUCGACAUGUUCGGGUUGUUUGCAUCCUUGAGCAUCAUUCUUUUAUUGAUAUGUUGUGUGCCAAGACGGAAGAAAAUGGUAAUGGGAAUCCUAAAGUGGAUUCUAUGGCUGGCGGUGUUCUCGACGGCGUUAGCAUUCUUGAUCGCCAUUAGGCGAAUAUUUUUCUAUCCACCCUACACUACCAUCCUUCUCCUGAGCUGGUUCGGAAUCAUCAGUCUCUUCAUGGUUUGGGUGUGCUUUAGAGCGAUCAGGUGGUUGUUGCGCAAAGGUGGAUGCUGGAAGAAGAAAGAUGGAGAAGGAGAAAGCCACGGAGGCCCCACAAGGGCUGUUGCCAUCUGCACGAAGAUUGUGGUGGGGGUGUUGAUAAUAAUUCUUUUAGGCGGAUUUCUUAUUGUAAAUUUAUUAGUGUUUUUUUUUAUACAGUAAAUAGGUCAAUAAUAGAAUAAUAUGACCUAUCAUUAUUCUUAUAUGGUUUAUCCUUCAUCAUCUUUUAAAGUUACUUUAUCUUAUUUUCAGAAUGUAAUUUGCUUUUAUGUAUUUUGUUCCACGGUAUAUAGUUAGUAAAUCUGUAACUUUAAUCAUUAUUAACUUUGGUUUUGUUGUUACAGAUGAUUUA